AGUAUCCGAGUGAACGACAUCGGCAGACAGCAGAGAAGAGGCGCGACGUCGGCGUUUGGAAUUGUGUUGGUUGAUCGAACAGCCGAAUUGCAAAGGAGCAUCGAUUUGAUUAAGAAAAGAAGUUUCGGAGUAGACGAUAAUUGAUUAUCGCGCGCACUGAGGAUAUUAUCGAAAUCCGGAGCAAGUGCGUAUAUUAUACACUUGUGGGAAAUAAAGAGACGAGUUUUUUGUGUUGUGCUUUUGGUUGACGUACUUACAAGGCUCCUUGGCAAAUACGGGCCGACGUCCGCGCUGUGAGUUUGGAAAAAGAACAUUAAAGUCGUUCUGUUUUGUUUAGUAUUAUUUGUUCGGUGCUCGCGAAUUUUUUCUUUAUCCAGAAGAAACGCGACACUCCUGCAGAUUUAGGCAGUAGGUAGAAGCCGCAGUGGGGGUCAAGCCAUCAGCAGAGCAGUAGCAGCGGCUCCGCCAUCUUGAAGCUCCAUGUCUGUUGUUUAUCAAACACACAUACUUACCCCGAAGCGCAUCGGAGGAUAAAUAUAUAUUGUUUGCGCGUUGUCUGGGAUAUAAACGUUGUUACAAAUAUAUAUAUACAGAGACGCGAGGACUCGAGCGAGUUUUUCCAGCGUGGAAAAUCAGUGAUAGUCGCCCCGAGUUCUCGUCUUGCAUUUAUAUAUUAAAUACAUUGCCGGGGAGAAGAACCACGACGGCUCCGUUCGAUAGUACAUAUUAUACACAUAAACAAUAAGCGCCCGAGCUAAGGGCUCCGAGGGAUAGAGUGUCGAGGGAGGUGGCCGAAGGUCAUCGGAUGUUGCGGUACCCGAGAAUCAGGAGCGAAGGGCUGACAGUCGAACGAAAGCCACUGUUAUCAACAUCGCCACAACUGGCUUGUUAUUCCCAUCAACGAUAUUCGACAGAGAGCGCAGAGACGAGGUAGCAGCAGGGAAAAGCAUCUCAGCUCUUCGCUUUGUUUUCUGAGGCGACACUGUACAAAAAUCGACUGCCUGAUCAUCAUCGGGCGACGUUUCGCUAGAAGAAGAGCUUCACACGGACAACACGGCAAGAUGACCAACUCAACGCCCAAAAGCAACAAUAGGAUCGAGCGCCAGGGCUCGCCCAAUCACUACCAUCAUCACCAGGGCGGCAAAAAAUCCGGUGGACGUAGCCUCAACUGCAUCAAGACGGCAACGUACUUUGCCAGCAGCAACUCCAACAGCCCGGCUAUCACGGCUGUUGCUACCCCCAUCAGCGCAGCUACGAGUAAUAACAACGGAGGAGGAGGUGGAGGACGACGUAACGGCAGUAGGUCCUCCGGUGCCGCCAGGCUAGGCUGCACUUCGCCCAACAACGCCAGCAGCACUCCUCCCCGAGGCAUUCCUCGUAGCUCACCGAUGCGCAAUGAAACCCCGAGGGGCAGCCCAACCAACAGUUUCUAUGCAGGGGCCAAGUUUAGCGAGCCACCGUCACCGGCCAGUGUCCCGAAACCACCGAGCCACUGGACAGGUUCUAUGGGUAUGGGUAUGGGCGGCUGCCACCCCAACAUUCUAGCCCAGCAUCUGAAAAUGCUCGUCCACGCCCAAGCUUGAUUUGGGCGCGAAGGAGAACAGAGAUCAGCAGUUGUCUUUGCCAGCGAGUGCGCGAACUCGUACCCUGCAUCAUCAUCCUUGUCGAGAGUGAUCACUUGUGCCACCACUUAUCAAGGGUACUACGUUGGGAUUGUGAAGAGGUAGCCUGUUUUUUUAAAAGGCUGAGCCUCUCUCUCUCUCCCUCUGGCUCUAUCACCUGAUGUUGUUUCAAGUGAGGAUGGGUGUCUCAGCUCCUUGGCAAUGGUAGUGUAAGUGUAAACGAAUGGACGCACUUUUGUAGUGUUUAGCUGUGAGGCUCUCCUAAAAGUCUGUGAUUUUAAGUUUUGGGGAGCCAUUUAUUGUAACGAAUCUAAUCAAGGCGACUGCUGAUUCGCGUUGGAGAUGAGCUUUAGGUAAAAGACCUGUGAGAAAUUUCGAAGAUUAUAUUAUUACGGGAUACGCUUACCAAGAGUGUAUGGAUUAUAUUCCCUGUUCGUUUCGAUAAAAGCGAUGCUUUAAUUGCGAGCCGUGUAUGAAGAUGUAAACGUGUAUUUUAGAUUAUCGUGUAUUAUUAAACGGAUCAUUACGCUCAUAAACACUAACAUUUCACACGCACACACAGACACGCGACAGAACACGUUUAUUGAUAACGAACGUGGCUCUAAAUUUGACAAGUGAAACUGCAAAAAGAUAGUUAUCCUCGGCUCCAAUGUGCUUCAAUUUUUCCCUCUAUGCGUUGAUUUUGCCUAAAGUCUCGAUACCCCCUUAUAUGAUUUGACUGGGCAUUUUCGCUUUCUCUUUAUUUUAUUUUAUUUUAUUUUAUUUUAUUUUUUUUUUUUAUGUAUACAAUAAAAUUUACCUUCCCCCCCAUUUUAAAAGUUUUGAGAUUCCACUUGGAAUUUGACUCGUGGAAUAAUUGUACCAGUGGCCGUUGGAUAGAUUUAAAAAUCUCGUUAAACGAGAUUGUUGCGUUUGCAUUAAAUUGAAAAACUACAUCAAUGGAUGCCGAUGCCUUUGAAUCUGUACCUAGUAUGAAAACAAUCAUCUGUUGAAAAACAAAAUCCCUAAGGUAUCAGGAGAGAAAAGACAUUAGGCAGAUAUCCGACAAAUCAGUCUUUGUGAUCGGUUAUUAAUAAUUAUAAUGUAGUUUGUAAACGCGUGAUUUAUUUGUAGAUCUAACCAUAGGUGAAAAGACUGGAAUCAGAGGUUUUUUUUUAUUUUUUUUUUUUUUCACCAAGUAUCCAAAAUUUACCAUGAACAAAUUUCGAUUGAAGCUUUACGAUAAGGUUGUAGUUUAAGGCGAUCGUGUCGCUUCGCCAUAGGCCAUAAAUAUAAGUAACACGUUGUCCUUUUCGUUGCUGUAUCUUUUGGUUACUUUUCUUUUCUUCUCACUUUUAAAUUAAGGAAAGAACAAAGUAUUUUUACGUUUUUUUCGUUAAACUUUGCAUGUGCAAAGCUAUGGGUAAUUGAUUAAUAUUUGUAUAUAAGAUGUAUUAUUAGAGCGAGGAGUUAUAUAAUUCAAGGCGUUUUUUCUUCAAACGGGUUUGGUAUUCCUUAACUUUUUUUCUCUUUGUAAUAGUUUUAUCAACUUGAACGCAAACUCAAUCCUCUAAAUUGUAAUGACUUGUAAAAAUAUUGAGCAUGAAUUUUUAUCUGAACGACUGAAUCUCAGAAACGAUGAAAUUCAUAAAAUGCUUAGAACAUUGAUUAUUUAUAUUUUGUUGAUUAUUGUCAAAUUUUGAUGUUUACAAGAUUGAGUUUGUUAUUGCAUUCGUGGAGCCUUUUAUUCUUUAAAAAAAAAAAAAAAAAUUAAAUGUGAAGCGCAUGCAAGUGUUAUAUAGUCAAUAUUGUCGGUGAUUUUUUUUUUUCAUAGCAUUAUUGAUUGUUAAAAUGAUUAUCAAUGAAAGUAUAAAGUAGCACAAGUGCAAAUUUUCACCUGAUUAAUUUAUUUUGCAUUCUUGAUGAUUUUACUUUGAUCACAUGUUCUGUUCUUUGCAUUAAUGAAGUCAAUUUUUUUCUUAUUUAGUUAUUCUACAAAAUAAAAUUGCUACAAUUUUUUUCAAGUUGAUAAAUCAAAAUGUUUAUUGAAUCGUCAACUUUAACAACAAAACUAUCUUCUUCAUUUUGAUUUCAUUUUUAUUAAAGAAAGUAAAAAUAAAUGCAUGUGUUUAACUAUUCGUUGUACGUGUUUGAGUGAACAGAGUAAAAUUAUCAUAAAAAUAAUUGAUUUUGCGCAGUAAAUACCUCAUACAUGCAUUUAAUUUUUUUAGUGCUUAAAACAUUUAAAAAUAAUGACUCGCUAUCGAUUCAAAUUAUAAUUUUCUUUCUUUCUAAAUUCAUUGCAAACAAAUCAAAACUUUUUUUCUUUGUGAUUCGGGUAAUAGAAGAUAUAACUUCCCGAACCAUAUUAUCAAAAAAUAUGGAAAAUCGUAGGUGAAACGCCCGGAAUUCGGUAUAUGCAUAUAUAUUAUUUUUUCUAGACAAUAACGAGCCAAACUGCAAUAAAAGUGCAAAUGAUGAAACAUUCGAAUCGUUUAUUGUUUCUCUCGCGAAUCAUUAAACUAUAGUCAUGACACACGAAAAAAGACAAAAUAUGGCGAAAAAGAUAAUUAAAAGUCAAAGAGUUGUAUGAAGGCGUUGAUGAAAUUAGCUGUGAUUACUGACACUCUAUAAUAGGUACUAUUAUUACAACUGAUUUUUAAAGACAAAACAAAAACAAAGAAGCGUACACGGUAAGCAAAAACAAAUCUACAAUAUGUGUAAUUAUAUGUAUAUAAAUAUAUACACGCACGAACUCGUCCGUACGCAUAUAUUAAUAUUUCGUACACUAUACGUAUACACAAAGAACUAAAGAAACACAAAAAAAAAAAAUCAUUUAAUUUUAA